CGGACCACAGAUGGUGCUAGUUGGCGUAGGGAACAUGCAGUUUGACAGCGGCAACUAGACAGGAUGUUAUGCAGAAUCAUCAACACACCGGGGAAAUGCGAUGCUUAAUUGUUGGAAUGAAUAGAUGAACAACGUUAAAGUUUGAUUGACUGAAGGUUUAUUUUGAGAUUUUGUGCGUAGUUUCUUGCUGCUCUCUAGACCAAGUAGGCACUUGACUUGAUCUGGUUGGAUCCUUAUGCACUCCACCUUUCGGAUAUCCUUGAAGCACGAAGGUUGUGAAUAUAUGAUGACGUUUAAACCCAACCAGACGAGGAUUUAUGAUGGCGAAGGUUUCAAGAGAAGAGCGGCAUGUUUAUGUUUCAAGAAUGAAAAAGAGGACGAGGUGUUGCUGGUGAGCAGCAGUCGGCACCCAGACCAGUGGAUUGUCCCAGGAGGAGGGAUGGAGCCUGAGGAGGAGCCAUGUGGAGCUGCAGUCAGAGAGGUGUAUGAAGAGGCUGGUGUAAAGGGAAAGCUUGGCAGGCUACUGGGGGUUUUCGAACACAACCAGGACAGGAAACACAGAACGUACGUCUAUGUCCUGACUGUGACAGAGACCUUGGAGGACUGGGAGGAUUCUGUCAACAUCGGAGGCGGUAGCCAGUGGGGCGAUUCCACACCAACGGGAGCAGGAAAUAUUUUUGGUAGGAAACGGAAGUGGUUCAAGAUCGACGAGGCUAUCCAGGUGUUGCAGUGCCACAAGCCUGUCCAUGCGGAGUACCUGCGCCGACUCACAGUCACCUGUAACCCCACCUGCAGCUCUACCUGUUGUGACCCCACCAAUGGCAACACCUGGGUCUCCCCCCUGACGGACGACAAAGCCCCUCACUACGUCACCUCCACACAGGGGACAGAUAGAGGACCACCCUUGGUCAACAGAUAGGAAAGACAUCGCAAUCAAAGGAACCAGCAUCAUAAGAGGACCUAGCCUAGGUGCCAGUCUGUUUCUGCCAUCUUGCCAACUCCUUGUGGUCUUGUUUGGCUUUCUACCACCCUUUUGUUUCAAGUUAUUCUUAUUCUACAUUUUGAUUCCAUAAAGUCAGUCUACUACGUUCUUUGGUCAAUGCAGCCCUUUGGUGAACUGCUUUCUGCGGGAAGUAGCUCUGCUAGGCCAAUAGAAGGUAGUGUUCGCUCUAGAAAGGCUCAUGUCCUUUAUGCCAAAACCCCAAUUGCUGCGUAGUUUAAGUGAGUCUCAUAACUUUAACUCUUCACUACCAAAGUACAUUUCAUAGAGAUAUCUCCUGUUGAACAAGUAAAUAACUUAUUUGGGAAAAUGUCUAAACCACUAGACAGUUGCCCAUUUUUAGUUGCCCAUUUUGAUUGUUGUCCUACUGCUUAUAGUUGUAUAGUAAUAAGUAGCACCAUUUCCAUGUCCUUACGAGCUGUUUUCUAGUUUACAUAGUGAGUUUGAAAGAGCAGCUUUGGCCUAGAAACUGGAUAAUUUAAAAGACUGUUUGCUUAUCUACAACCACACAGUAUUGCACAAGAACAAAAUAUUUGUACAUAUUUAUUUUUAGAAUAUAUGGAAUAUAACCCAAUAAUUGUUUUAACAAAUAUGUUUUGAGUGGGAAAAUGUUUUAAGUGGGAACAUAUUCCAAGUUACAUUGAUAUUUUUCUGGGAGGGCUAUAAUAUAACUUACAUAUUUUUCUGUGUGGGCCUGCAUGAUUGACUAGUGAAAGCAUAAAGGCCUGUGACUGACAUGUCUUUCAAACGGAACACAGAAUAGAGUCCUAUCAAGUGCCUUAACAGCCAUAGUAACCUGUGUAAUGUGUGUCAAAUUCAUAAGAUGUGAAUGUGGGCACUGGGAGGGAAAACAGAUCAUUUUAGCACAGAUACUUUUACUAGCCUGGUGAAACCAGCCUGAUUGUGUGAUAGCUCACAUUUUGUUUCACUUGACAAUUGAAAAAAAACUAAAUGUGAGUACAUCGGUCAGUCUGCUUGACCAGGCUAUUUUUUUUUGCUGGAGGAGAAACAGAUUUGAGGGUUUGAGGGAUUGUGCCUUGUGCUGAUUGUCAAGGAGACUAUGAUGCGUUUGCAUUGUAUUUAGAAUGUAUGUGAGGAUUUAGCAAGUGUUGCCAAAACGACUCCAUUUUGUUAAUGGUAAAUGUUUGAUAUGUACAUUAUUAUUGAGAAAUAUGAUUUGUUUUUCAAGGGGACUCUUCCCCCCUAUAUCAUUAGAAUUUGGAGGAAUUAAACAGGACAGAGCAUACACAAGAACAUAUAGUGAUCAACUCACCAAAUUCAAAGAAGGACACAGUCAGCUCUGGCUUUGACAUGUAACUGAAAGGAACAAAAACUGAUGCUAUUACAUAAAGUCUAGUAAAGACAUUAAAAUAGCACGUGUUAUUUUAUCUUUCCAAUCAAAGUGAUUGAGGAUUACACAACUGCAUGUGUACACAAAUGUGUACCCAUAAUGUGUUCUCUGCCCUUCACUCUCGUUCUUAA